GAAAUUGAAAGAAUAAUCUCAAGGGAAAGCCUUGAUGAUGAAGAAAAGUGAGGACCACUCUCUCAUCUCCAUCUUCUGGCCGUCCCAUAUAAAAUCCCUACUGCAAUCGAUCUGAAAACCACAGCUAACCAUACCUAACAAACAUCUUGAUCUGAGUCUCUGACCCAGUUACAGUUUCAACCAGAAGAAACCCAUAUGAGCUUUCUUUGGUAGUGAGUCUCUGUGAUUACACCUACUUCUGUUAUGGAGAGAAAGUCUGGAUUUUUCAAGAAAUUAAAUAAGCGUUCAUGGCCAUUGCGAUUCAGACUCUACCCUUUUCAGUGGAAACGCUUAGGAUUUCAGCUCUCUUUCGUUGAAGAUGUUCUGUUUAAGAUUGUUUCAGUAUUUGAAGCCAUCUUCCUUGUUACCACUCUCUGCUUCUUCUACCUCUGCUGCGGUUGCCACUUUUAA